AUGGCAGGUAACGAUAGCUUCACUCUGUCUGUCGCGGGCAGAGCGCGGUCGAAGGUCUCGCCAUUCUAUAACCCGACCCUAGACAACCUGUCAAAGGAAGCCCGAGACCUGUUCGAAAACUACAGCGGCAUCGACCCCGACCGCGUAGUCUCGCACGUCGAGGAAAUCCGAGAUCGAGCAUGGGCAAUUUUUCCGUACCCAUGCAUUGGCCUAUUCCGCUUCGUCAACCUCAGCCUACGCACCUCACCCCUCUACCCCAGCAUCCUCUCGCGCCUCAAAGACGACAAGCAAACCUUCCUCGACCUCGGCUGCUGUCUCGGGACCGAGAUCAGACAGCUCGUCGCUGAUGGCGCCCCGAGCGAGAAUAUAUAUGGCACGGACCUGCGGCCCGAGUUUUGGGAGCUGGGAUACGAGCUGUUUCGCGACAAGGGCAGUCUCAAAGCCUCUUUUUUGACGGGGGAUGUAUUUGACCCGUUCUCCGAACUAGGGAAGUUGGAUAAAAAAGUGGAUAUUCUCCACGCGGGGUUGUUUUUCCAUCUGUUUAGCUAUGACCAGCAGAUCGAGGUCGCGAAGAAGAUCGUUAAGCUGAUGAGGCCGGUGAAGGGCUCGUUACUGCUUGGGUGGCAGGUGGGUAGCUUGGACGUCGGGGUGUUGCAGAGCUCGGAUGGCGCAACGAUUCUUUAUAGGCAUGAUGAGGAGUCGUGGGCGGGAUUGUGGCGGGAGGUGGGCGAACAGACGGGAGUGAAGUUUGUGGUUGAGUCGCAGUUAGUGGAAGGGGCAAGGUAUUUCAUUAGAGAUGGGCAGCCGGCGGAGCCGUGGGUGGAGGAUCCAAAGCGGUUGAUGUUUUCUUGGGAAAAUGGAGCACAGCGAGAUCUACGUCUUGAUAACUCCCAGUGGCGCAAAGACAGGAAACUCCACCCGAGUGUCAUGGGCACAAAGUGGUCCGAUGUCAUCCUAUCUCCAUCUCUCAAAGACAGCAUCAUGAGCGACAUCACCACCUUCUUCGACUACGAAGAAAUGUACACCUCCCUCAUCCCCUGGAAGCGCGGUAUCAUCCUCCACGGUACCCCCCGCAGAUCUUCAGUAGAGACGACUGAGGGAGAUGACAAGGAUAAGGGAGUUGACAAGGAUGAGACUGAGACGCUAGAUGAGGAGAAGGAGGUAGCGAAACCGAUUUCAGAGUAUACAAACCAACACAUUAAAUUCCACAUUUUACGCUAUUAAAUGGGUUCAUGCCCUGUUGGUGGGUUAGGCCACAACUCCGCUCUAUUGUACGUUGAUUUUAGAUGAAUUGGACUGCCUUAUUGGCUGUAAUCGUGGAAUUGGGUUAACCCAAUACAUGUCCUGGAUGGGGAGGGAUCUCGCACGGUCCACACCUUAUUUUGUAUUGUAUGUUCAGUACGGUGCCAAAAAGUAUACGUACGGCCCGGUGCUUUUAAUCAUACAAAUCACUCCAAUUUGAGCACGGG